AUGAACGAAAUCCUGGAUAAGGCCACCAAGAAGGCUUUGAGUGGUGGUAUCGCUGGCAUGGGUGCACAAGCUAUCAAUGUCCUCACGCUGAUGUGGAUGCGAACCAUCAUGAACUAUCAGUAUCGCUAUGGUGGAACCUUCAAGGAGGUCGUCACGAAGCUCUAUGCCGAAGGCGGCAUUCCCCGCUUCUACCGAGGCUUGGCGCCUGGACUCAUCCAGGCUCCGGUGUCCCGCUUCGGCGACACCGCGGCGAACGAUGGAGCAUUGGCCGCGCUAGAGCACACGACGUUGCCCACCGCCGCCAAGACCAUGUGUGCAUCGGCUGCCGCAGCAGGCUUUCGCCUGUUCCUUAUGCCAAUCGAUGCCUGGAAGACCACCAAGCAGGUGGAAGGAAAGGAUGGCCUCAGAAAGCUGGUGGAGAAAACUAAGAAGCAUCCCACCGCCUUGUGGCAAGGAGGCGUCGGAGCCAUGUCCGCCACCUGGGUCGGCCACUACCCAUGGUUCUACACCAACAAUCAGCUUCGUGAAUCGCUGCCUCAGUUUGACUUUCCUUAUGGCAAGUACGUGAGAAAUGCCUUCAUUGGAUUCUGUUCAGCGGCCGUCUCCGACACUUGCUCGAAUUCCUUGCGAGUGCUGAAGACCACGCGUCAGACUUCUUUGGAGCCAAUUGGCUACUUGGACUCCGUGCCCCGGCGAGUUGGACCCGGGUGUGCCGUUCGUUGA